GCGCAGCCGGGGGGGCUCUCGCCGCGAGGCCUCAUGGGGAUUGUAGUCUUUCUCCGGGGCUCUUGGGGCCGCACUCCUGGCACUGCGGGCGGGGGCGAACACCCUCGGUCGGACUCGACUCGUGGGUCCCGGGAGGCGGGUGUCUGGCCCGUGACGCCCAAACGGCUGUGGAGCCCGCGCGAGCCCCGGGGGCCGAGCAGGGCAGGGGGUCUCCGAGUCCUGACCCCCGACACACACAGGACCAUGGCGGCCGUGGGCUUCGAGGAGUUCUCCGCCCCGCCAGGCUCAGACUUGGCGCUGCCGCCCCUCUUCGGCGGCCACAUCCUGGAGAGCGAGCUGGAGACCGAGGUGGAGUUUGUGUCGGGCGGCCUGGGCGGCUCGGGGCUGCGGGAACGGGACGAGGAGGAGGAGGCCGCGCGGGGCCGCCGCCGCCGCCAGCGGGAGCUGCACCGCAGGAAGUACCAGGCGCUCGGCCGGCGCUGCCGCGAGAUCGAGCAGGUGAACGAGCGCGUCCUCAACAGGCUCCACCAGGUGCAGAGAAUAACGCGGAGGCUGCAGCAGGAGCGCAGGUUCCUCAUGAGGGUGCUGGACUCCUACGGCGACGACUACCGGGCCGGCCAGUUCACCAUCGUGCUGGAGGAUGAGGGCAGCCAGGGCACAGACGCCCCCACCCCCGGCAACGCUGAGAACGAGCCUCCCGAGAGAGAGGGGCUGUCCCCACCCAGGAGGACGCCUGCGCCCCCCGAACCCGGCAGCCCGACGACCCCCGGCGAGGGGCCCAGCGGACGCAAGAGGCGCCGGGCGCCCCGGGACAGCCGGCGUGGGGGAGCGGCGCCCACCCCGGAACUGGCGCCCGUGCAGGUCAAGGUGGAGGAGGACUUCGGCUUCGAAGCCGACGAGGCCCUGGAUUCCAGCUGGGUGUCUCGCGGCCCGGACAGACUGCUGCCCUACCCCACCCUGGCCAGCCCCGCCUUCGACUGACCCCAGUAAACGGCCUCCGCACCCGGGGU